ACUCCGUCCUCGUCCGUGCGCGUCCGCGCGUGGCGGCGAUGGAGCGUGGCGCCCGCUGGCGGUCGGGAGCUGAUAACGGGCACGAGCAUUUCGUCAUGUUUCCAGCCUUGUGCACCUUUAUAAAGCGAGCUGAACCCAGGAAUCCCACAUCAGGCCUAGUGAAGGACCUUGUGCAGCAUUCUAGCCUGACUCCUACAAUUAAUCUCCACCAAACAGGAACAUGAAGUCCUCCACAGCUGUCAUUGCUGUUCUCAUUGUGGCUGCUCUCUGCUACCAGGUCUCCUCAAGUCCACUUGCUGUCAGGUCCCGUGGACCCUGCUGCUACAAAUUCUUAAACAAAGCGCUUCCCCCAGGCAAGGUGAUGAUGUAUGAGUACACAGGAAGCGGAUGCCCCUACCGCGGUGUGAUAUUCACCACAGUUGAGGAGAAGAAGUACUGUGCCAAAGCAGAAGAGAAGUGGGUUCAGGAUAUCCUGAACAUGGAGAAGCACGAGGAAAGCAGCAAGUGAGCUGUGCUCCGAUCUCUUCCAGCAUCACGCAGCUGCAGACCUCUCAUGAGCACCUCCCAUCACAGCCCUGUCACCUCCUUGCCCGUGCAAGGCAGACUGUUUGCAGACUGUUUUACAGACUGUAUAUACUCUUAUUUAUUUACCUAUUUAAGUGCAUGCAAAAGCAUUUCAAUUUAUUUGACUUCUCGGGGGCAAACUUUUCCCUGUAAUUUGUACUGAUUGUCUUUUGGUUGGCUUUGUGAUAUAAAAACAAAGGAAAGCUGCCCUUCGUCCAGCUGUCUCUCCGUCAGGCAGGGCUGGGGCCCACAGGCCGCACCUGACCCCAUUGCGGCCCCAUGGCAGCAGGCCAUGCUGGGGCUGGGCAGCACCGGCACCAACAUCCCCUGUCACCGCAAGGCCUGCCGCCACCACGGCCGGCGGGAGCCCCAUCUGGUCCCACUGGGGCGCCCACGCUGUGGGUUGCGCACAUUUGU